AUGAGACUGAAAAGGCAGAAACGUUGCAAGGGCUAUGGGGCGGAGGUGGAUAGCAGCGGGGGCUUGAUCAGCCCAUGUGAUUGUCCAUCUUUCACAUUACCAACAUACCUCGAGGCACGUACAUUUUUUGACAUGGCACAAUCAAUUUCCUCUUUGACUGAGCAAUGGCUCCAAUGGGACCAGGAUCCUACAACUCGCGUGGAAAUAGAGCAACUGCGGGACUCUAACGCCACUGAGGAGCUGGAAAAGCGCCUUCGGAAUCGUAUUGAGUUCGGAACAGCUGGUCUACGAGGCCGCAUGGCCGCUGGGUUCUCCUGCAUGAACUCUUUGGUAGUCAUACAAGCCUCGCAGGGGCUGGCCAAGUUCAUUCGAGACAAGCGUUCUGAGAUUGCUUCUAAUGGUGUGGUCAUCGGACACGAUGCGCGUCACAAUUCUGCGAAAUUCGCCGCACUUGCUGCUAACGCUUUCAUCGCGCAACGUAUCCCUUUUUGGUUCUUCAAUGAGGAAGGCCCAACGCCGAUGGUAGCGUUUGGUGUCAACUAUUUCGGCGCUGCUGCAGGUAUUAUGGUGACAGCGAGCCACAAUCCACCCCAAGACAAUGGCUACAAAGUCUACUCAAGCAACGGCGCCCAGAUCAACAGACCCGAGGACGGGGAAAUAGCACAGUCGAUUCAAGAGAACCUUGAGCCAUGGCCGACCGCAUGGGCGGAGUUACAGCCAGGCGAAUUCCUGCACCCGGACUCCUACCAGGAAUUGCUGCCUCACUACAGCAGCCAAGUCGCAAAGUUCACGAAAUCUACGGUAACCGAUUGGCAACCACCAAGACCAUUCGUUUAUACGCCUCUGCAUGGUGUGGGAGGUUUGGUUCUUCCAAAUUUGUGCCGCUCACUUGGAAUCAGCGAAUUUUCAUCCGUUGCGGCUCAGGAAAAGCCUGAUCCUGACUUCCCCACUGUGAAGUUCCCAAACCCGGAAGAGACUGGAGCCUUGGAUCUUGCUAUCGAGACUGCCGAACAAGAAGGAAAGACCUUGAUCAUCGCAAACGACCCCGAUGCGGACCGCUUCGCCGUAGCGGAGAAAGUGGAUGGGAAAUGGCAUACUUUGACCGGAAACCACCUCGGUGUUCUUUUGGCGUCCCAUAUCUUGGAUUCGUUCGAUGGCAGCAAAGAUUGGUCCCACAUAGCCGUGCUGACCACAACGGUGUCGAGUGGGAUGCUCGGAAAGAUGGCAGCUGCAAAGGGAAUCCACUUUGCGGAGACCCUGACAGGGUUCAAGUGGAUGGCUAAUGUUGCCCGGGACUUAGAGAAAGAGGGAAAGACAGUUCCUUUUGCAUACGAGGAGGCACUGGGAUACAUGUUCCCAUCUGUUUGUUAUGACAAAGACGGCAUUACAGCAGCUACGGUUUUCCUUGCAGCGGAGGCGAAAUGGAGAGCCCAGGGAUUGACUGCAUAUGCCAAGCUACAGCAACUGUUCGGCAGAUUUGGCCAUCACGAGACCUUGAAUAACUACUUCCGAUCACCCGAUCCACAACUCACCUCAACAUUGUUCCAGGGCAUUCGAGGAAGCCCAGGCCUCGCGGAUAUGCAGUUUGGUCCAUUCAAGAUUUUACGAUGGAGGGAUUUGACCGAGGGCUAUGACUCCGGCACCCCUGAUAACAAGCCGGACCUACCUCAAGAUCCGACAAGCCAGAUGGUUACGCUGUGGUUGAAUGGUGGGGUUCGCUUCACAUUCCGAGGAUCGGGGACGGAGCCCAAGGUCAAGUUUUAUAUCGAGAGUUGUGGAGAUUCUCGUGAAGAGGCCGUCAAAGCAGUCUGCGACACAUUCCUCACUAUUCGGGGAGAAUGGGUACAGCGGUUUACCCCUUCGAUGACAUACAGCAAGCAGCUUUCCACAUCAUCUGGUGAUGUUCUGAACGUUGAAUGA